UAUAAGACCAAAAAGAAGUUUCAGCUUCAGGCGCUCUUUAGACAUGCUCUCCACAAGAAGCGGGCCCAUCUGUGGAUUAUUUCUGGAGGCUUAUCGGUUGGAACACUUUCUUCUACUGGAGCUCUAAUUUGGUGGCAGUCAAGUUGUUUUUACAGGUGGGUUGAAAUUUACGAUGCAGAUCCAAAUGAGUUUUCCGUGCACAAUGAGCGCCUGCCGAGGUUCAUACCUGCGGAGGUGUCUGCCGUCCCCGGGGUCUCUCUUACUGCUUUUGGCCGCCGUGUCCCCGGUUCGAGGCGACUGUCCCACGUCGUGCGUGUGCUCCGUAGCCACGGAAGUGUUUUGCACCUUUCGUUACCUGAACGCGGUGCCUGCCCACAUCCAGCCGUCUGUGGAAAGAAUUAACCUCGGGUACAACAGCAUAACCGUCCUCCGUGAAAACUCUCUUUCGGGUCUUGAAAAAUUGGAAAUACUGAUGCUCCACAGCAAUCUUAUUCACAGUAUUGAGGACGGAGCAUUUCGAGAUCUCCGAUCAUUACAGACCCUCAAGAUGUCCUAUAACAAAGUCAAAGAACUCAACAAAGAAACAUUCCAAGGCCUGGAGAAUCUGCAGCGACUCCACAUGGACCACAACUUCAUUGACUUCAUCAGCCCGGAGGCUUUCUACGGCUUGACGAAUCUCCAGUUGGUCAAUCUGGAGGGCAACCACCUGCAACAGCUCCACCCAGAUACCUUUGUUACCCUGAGACACAGCCAAGUCUUUAAGUUGUCCUCGCUGAAGACCAUCCACCUGUCGGACAACUUCCUCAGCAGUUUGCCGGAGGAGCUUUUCUCUGGCUGCAGCCGUCUGGAGAAUCUUUUUCUCCAUGGCAACCGUUGGGCGUGUGAUUGUCGUAUGAACUGGUUCCCGUUAUGGACACGGAAGCACACGGGAGUGCUCAAAUGUAAGCGGGACAGGAGAUAUCCUCGAGGCCAGCUGUGUCCCGUUUGUGAAAACCCAACUCAUUACCAGAAGAGACGCCUCUCCCUUCUUCCGAGUGAUGCCUUCACUUGCACCAGACCUUGGAUCCAUCUAAAACAGAAAAACAUCAGCUUGGACCAAGGGGAUUUCACUCCAGUUUCCCCAAGGGACUUCAUCGCCCCACUCGGUUCCAUACAAAUGAACCUGACGGAUCAGUUUCACAAUGAAGCCAGCUUGUCUUGCACUGUCCAGAGGCCAUCUCAUUUUGAGAACCUCUCACUUACCUUAGAGGAGGAGGCGGGUUACAAUAUCACUGCACUCACUACGACCAUAACUUCAUAUUUGGUAUGCAACCUUGACGAUGAACAUAUCCAACAUUUGUGGCAAAUCCUGGCAGCCUACAGUGAAUUUCCCAUGAGACUUGAAAGAGGUUUGAUGUUGGCUAAAACUCCUCAAAUGGUGUACCGGUAUAGUCAGAUGAAAACGGGCGAGGAUGAGCUUCACACAAAUAUCGAUGCUGAGAUUAAAGCUAAUCCCGCGUGGUUGAUGCAAGGUGAGGUUAGUUUGCAGCUUGACCGCACCACCACCACGUUCUCGACUCUGCAUAUCAAGUACCAGUCUGAAGUCAACCUACGAGUCGAAAACACCUUCCCCAAGAAAGAACGCUACCCUUGGACGAUGAUUAAGAAAGACAAUCAAACCAAAACGGAGCAUAUUGUAAUAUCAGGCGAGGUGGUUCAGUUGAGCUGUCAAGUCCGAGGGGAUCCAAAACCUUUGCUGGAGUGGAUUUUACUCGAUGGCAUGAAGGUGCGAGCCCCUUAUGUCAGUGAGGACAACAGAAUAAUAAUCACAGGCGAAGGGAAGCUCACCCUUCGGGGUGCGGAUGCCUCGGACACGGGCCUCUAUCGCUGCAUUGCCACCAACUACCUGGAUGCUGACAUUCUGGUUUUUCGAGUGACUGUAUUGUCUCCUGAUGUGGAGGAGACAGAUGUCAAUGGCGUCCACGUAUCCCAGAAACUGGGGGAACAUCUUAUUUUUGACUGUAGCAGCUCAGGAAGUCCAAAGGCCUCUAUUCAGUGGAUACUCCCAGACCACUCCAUAUUGGACAGGUCUCAAGGAAAAAAGAAGGUGUUUGAGAAUGGCACUCUACUGAUCGAGAGCGUGACUACCAGGGACCGAGGAUUUUAUAGAUGUUUGGCUGCUAAUCACUUGGGAAUUGACCUUCUGGUUUCUCAGGUGACAGUACGUGAAAGCUCAGAGGUAUGGACGGACUUUGAUCAUGAUGGAUCCGGCAUGGGAAUGAAAAACCCGGUAGAGCAAACUUUAACUGGCAAGACAAACAUCCCUUCUGACAAAGCAUCUGAUAGAGCCAAAAACAUUGUUUCUGAUCGACGUAAUUCCAGACUGAGGUCACGGGGCAAAAGUAGGCCAGAAAGCCAAAUAGGACAGAGGAGGCAUUCAGCCAGCAACAGACGUGGAUUUGGUCAUAGGGUCUUUGAUAAAACAAAAAGUCAAAUUGAUCCAAAGAAAUUUGCAGAAUUUAUGAAGAAGGCACAAGGUGGAGUAAGAGAAAACGCCAAAGAAAGAAAUACAGAAAAAGACUCAAUCGAUGAUGAAAUUGGCUCAGGUGAGGCACGUGACGAUUUAAUUUUACUUGCUCCACUUCUGCCCACUACACGUAACCCUGAAAAAGGUGGCGACUUUGAAAUGGAGAACUCGAUAGCGGUCACAAAAAACAGCCAAGGUGUCACUUUGAGUCAAGAAAUCGAAAAAACAACAGAUUAUACGCCAAUCAAAAAAAACACAUAUACAAACAUUCCACUGAUGAGUGACAGAGAAGAUGUCACAAUGUAUGACCCGACUUCACCCAACUCAAGCCCCUUUAGUUCUGAUGAAACCACAGAUCUUCAUCCCCUGGAAAGACUUCCCAAAACCGUUACAGACUCUUCACAAGAAACCCAUCUCCAGUUCUCCGGUCAGCAUCCUUCAGAACCAGAAACCUCCACUGAGGUCUUCUCAUUUACCCUUGAUCCUUAUGUAACUCCAAUGAGGGAUGGCACAGACCCCAUGGAGCUUUACGAUCCAGAAAGCCAGUCCACCAUCACAGCUGUCACCACCACGCAGAGGCGGGACGAUCAAAUCACCUUCCAUACCACCCAAACAAUAAACUCCCCAUCAUUGGGAUCCACCAUCAUCUCCAAGCAGCACAUCCAUAUCAUCCCGCACAAGAAUAGUCGAGGAGGUGGGCGCAGAAGAAAGUUCCACGGUCGCAGACGCAUCAUCAAACCCAACAGGAUAACUGACAUCCAAUCCAUUAUCAAGAAACUGAUCCAGCCAACUGAGCGGAAUACAACGUUGCCAUACACAAUUGAAGUGACGACAGAUAUGGAACUAUCGACACCCACUACACAAUUCGGGGCAAAAAUUGUCAACAAAAAGAUUCAAGGAAGGCAAAGAAAUCCAGUCACCGCAGAAACAUUAGCGAUACCUCAGACUUCAACGGUGACCUUAACGACAUCUCCUGCCGCUCAACCCACCAUCGCUACACACAUACCAACAGAAGAUGAGUCUCUAUCGCCAACCACAAGAACAGAAACAAGAGUCAUUUUGUUUGAUGACGAUUAUGGAGAUUUGUUCUCUGCAGAUUUUGAGAUAUCAGAUCUGAAGCCAACCGCUCAGCCAGUAACUACCGUGACCCCAAAUUAUUACUCCAAGUCUUUGACCACUGCUGAAACACCAACUCUUCCCUCCCCGCCUACAGUCAAGCCACCCCUAGACAAAAAUCCUGACAGAGAAUUUUCAUAUGGGUCCGGUGAUGAUUUUCCUACAACCAGACCGAGACCCGGUGGAAAGAGAGGGCGCCAAGGACGUAGAAGGAGACCCUCAAAGAAACAAAAAAAUACCAAAUUGUAUUCAAUCAACACAACUCCGACUUUUGACAAGAAAACAACAGAAACCACUAUCCAAACAACUUUACGACAAAAGGGUGCCUCAAAAGCUCCAAUGUUUACAACAUCAGGGGAAAUCGACAAAACCACAGAAACAUCGGAGGAGCUGACGUAUGCUUACAACCGAGUCGACUGGGGCAGUUCCUAUACGACGAGAACACCCUUUGUCCACUCAAACACGAUGCCUGCCUUGGAGAAACCUUACACAACUCCUCAAAAUCGAGUCUCCUAUAACGUCAGAACCGCAACACAGACAUUUAAGGGUCACAGAGCAACUACAAAAAAAAACAGACCGACAGUGCAAACCAAGGAGAAUACAGAGAAAGACAUUUCCUUUGAAACCAUUACUCGAUAUAGACCAGAACACGACUACAUCUACACGUACAACAGAAACAAUGUCAAAAAUGUCUUUGUCACGACCAGACCCAACGUUGCCGGCACUCAACCAACCACAGUGCUCAUGAUGAGAAAACCCAAAAUACUUGGUGGCAAUGCAGCCAGCUUUACGGUUCUGACCCACUCGGAUGCCUUCUUACCAUGUGACGCAGUUGGAGACCCAGUGCCUGUGAUAUCCUGGAAACGCUUCUCCUCAAGCACAGGAAACACAGUUACCAUCAAGGGAAAAAUGGGCAAGUUCGAGUUGUUACGCAACGGCACAUUGUCGAUACAAAACGUCAAUACGAAGGACCGUGGACAGUACAUCUGUAUUGCUGAGAAUGAUCAUGGAUCAGAUAAACUUAUUGUCACUCUCUCAGUGGUCGCUUACCCUUCACGUAUACUCGAGCCGAAAAUGAGAGAGAUAAAGUCUCAUGCUGGGAAUACCGUGGAGAUUCAAUGUAAGGCAGACGGUCGGCCUACACCGGCCAUUUCCUGGAUUCUGGCAAACGGGACUCAACUAAGAGACCGUAGAACACCCAAUGGAAGGGUUUCAGUGACCGCUGGUGGGACUCUAGUCUUUAGACAGGUGUCUGUUUUUGACAGAGGUCACUACAAGUGCAUUGCUAGUAACCCGGCCGGAGCUGACACAGCUACCGUCCGCCUGCAUGUGGUUGCUGCUCCACCAGGUAUCCUCGAGGAGAAACGGCAGCAGGUGAAGGUUGUUUCAAAACAAAACCUAUGGCUGCCCUGCACAGGUCAAGGUAGCCCUGAGCCAAGGAUUCACUGGGUGUUGCAAGAUGGCAUUUUGGUCAAUUCACAGAGAUUUGCCUGGGACAACAGGAUAUCAGUGUAUGAAAAUGGAACACUUCUUAUUAAGAAUUUGUCUCCAAUUGACAAUGGCAAAUAUGAAUGUAUUGCAACUAGUUCCACGGGCUCGGAGCGAAGAGUGGUGACUUUGACGGUGGAGAGAAGAGAAGCUGCACCAAAAAUAGAAGUGAUAUCCCAGCAAGUAACUGAGUUGUAUUUUGGAGAUCAGCUCAAGCUAAACUGCUCAGCAAUUGGAGAACCUGAACCCAGGAUUACAUGGAGGCUACCAUCUAAUGCGAUGGUAGAACAAUCACAUAGGAUGGGCAGCAGAUUCCAGGUUCUGGAAAAUGGUACUCUGGUGGUCAAUUCUGUGAUCGAUAAAGACGCAGGUGACUAUCUCUGUAUGGCUAAAAGCACAAGUGGUGAUGACGUCCAAUUUAUGAAGGUCAAGGUGUCAAUGAAGCCAGCUAAGAUAGACCACAAGCCUCAUGGCAAGAAGAAAGUUCUGUAUGGGAAUGACUUCAAGGUUGAUUGUAAAGCCUCGGGGGCUCCAAAGCCAGAGAUCUCCUGGGGACUUCCCGAUGGUACUGUUGUCAACAGUGCUCUGCAGGCUGAUUCCUUAAACGGAGGAAGGAGAAUACGUCGCUUCACUUUGUUUGACAAUGGAACGCUCUAUGUUAAUCAAGUUGGUAUGUCCGAGGAAGGAGACUACACUUGUAUCGCUGAAAACCAAGUGGGAAAAGAUGAAAUGCACGUACAUAUCACCGUUGUGACCGCAGCUCCCAAGAUACGGCAAAACAGCGAGACCUUUGCCAGAUUGAAACCCGGAGGUAACAUUCGCUUUGACUGCGAAGCCAUUGGUGAACCCAAACCCAGGAUCUUGUGGAUGUUACCCACCAAUGAUGUCAUAGCAGCAUCUAACGAACGCUACUUGUUGCACGUAAAUGGCUCUUUGGAUAUUCGGAACGCAAAGCUAGUCGAUGGUGGGGAAUAUGUUUGCGUGGCUCGCAACCCUGCUGGUGAAAACCGAAGAGUUUACAAACUUGAAAUUGGUGGGAACCCACCUGUGAUCAACGGUUACCAUCAGAACAGGACUGUUGUAAAAGAUUUUUCGACCAAAUACUCAAAGAAAUUCAUUGACUGUAAAGCCGAGGGCAAUCCUCCACCGACUAUCACCUGGAUAAUGCCAGAUAACAUAUUUCUGAGGGCGCCCUACUUUGGUGGUAGGAUUAAUGUCCAUCAUAACGGGACUUUAGAAAUUCGUAAUGUCCGUCCGACUGAUACGGGAGAGUUCAUUUGCAUGGCGACAAAUGAUGGCGGAGAGUCCGUGUUAGUGGUACAGCUCGAGGUGACCAAUACGCUCCGAAGACCCGUUUUCAAAAACCCUUUCAAUGAACGGAUUCUCUCUCCUUUGGGGAAAACCAACGUUCUGAACUGCUCUGCUGACGGACACCCAAAGCCAGAUAUCUCUUGGAUUCUACCCAAUGGAACCCGUCUUACCGCUGGGCGUAACUCCCACAGACGGGUAGAUAACGAUGGAACUUUAGUCAUCUAUAACUCUGGCGUUGAGGAUGCUGGGAAAUACCGUUGCGGUGCCAAGAACAUCAUGGGCUACAUUGAAAAACUGGUCAUUUUGGAUGUGGGCCAAAAGCCGUACAUCCUCACGAGGCCGAGGGGAAUAAUCCGCAGUAUGUUCGGCGAGCCUCUCGUCCUUCAUUGUCUAUCUGAUGGAAGUCCGAAACCCAAGAUCUACUGGACACUCCCUGGGGGCCACACGCUUACCCAGCCUCAAGUCGUGGGGCGCUACAAUUUACUCAAGAACGGUACUCUAAUUGUACAGGACACCACUUUAUAUGACCGAGGGAACUAUAUCUGCAGAGCUCGGAAUGAUGCGGGGGAGGCUGCGCUAACAGUCCCUGUUGUCAUCAUUGCCUACCCUCCACGCAUCACGGCAAUGCCACCUCCAACCUUGAGUUUAAUGGCGGGAACCCCCGUGAAACUCAACUGCGCUGCCAUUGGCGUACCCAAACCGGAGAUUACUUGGGAGCUGCCGGAUCAUUCCGUUCUGUCGGUGGCCCAACAAGGGAGACGGUUGGGAAGUGAACUGCUUCACCCUCAAGGCACGCUCGUGGUCCAGAAGCUUUCGGCCUUUGACUCGGGCACGUAUAAGUGUGUAGCCAAAAACCAUCUUGGGACAGACCUAAAGGCUGUUUAUGUGCGUGUACUCUAAGAAUCACGGCAGAAGGGAACAGGCUUCAAAAGACGUUAUUAUCACGACGUAAUGGACCCAUCUGUACAUUAUUUGUGAUUUUUUUUUUUACAUUGAUUUAAAUUGAGGACAUUAAGGAGAAAGUGGGAUUUAAAUGGGUUUAAGAAAAGAAAAGUAAAAAAAACAACAUCUGGUGGGAUUGAUAUUUGUUUUUGUGACUUAGGAGUGAAUGUCUGGAAAAUCAUAGCUGGUACUCACUCAUGUGGGGGAUUCUCGAGGAGCAGAAAGUGUUCAUACAUUUGAACCCAAAGUGAUUCCAUUGAGGCUUUAACGCCGGCCACACAUAUGGAUCCAAUUAGAGCACAUAUACUUUUGUCAGCGGCUCGUCCUUUAGCAGCAAAUUAAGAAGAUGUGCAAAGAACACACCGUGAAAUGUCUAUUAUUUUUUAUGAAUAUACAAAUAUGAAAAUUGUUUGACACUGGAUACGUAACAUUCUUUACAACAAUACACCAUUCCAUAAUUCAGUUUUUUAACAGAUGCAUUUAUUUCUAAAAAAAUUUCAAAGACUUGUGAUUGAUUGUGUUGUACACAAGAAUUUACAGUAAUGUUAUACAUUAUGCUUAUCUGUAAUAAUACAGUAUAUAAUUGUGUCAUACCUACUAAUGUAUGGGAGAAAAUAAAUCUAACAUUUCA